GCCCCUGUGGCAGGUUUUGAUAACCUCGAGUCUCGAGCUAAGCGCAUCUCUGAAAGCGUAUACAGAAGAUGAGGCACAGCCCUCCCGGAGGGAAUGUUUAUACGCGAUAGAGGAAUAAUUUAUUUGUCUGAUGAAAAUGGAUGGAAAUACAUAAGGCCCUUCUUCAGUCCUGUGAUUAAUGAUCAGAAUAGCGGAGCGUGUUUCAAUGAGUGUGUCCUAAUCGACUGAAACACAUAUACAGUCACGUUCUGUGGGAAUGAUCGAAGAUGGAAGACAAAAGCCUUCGUGUAGCAGACUAUUUUGUGGUGGCAGGACUCACCAACUCAUCUAAGCCCCUCGAGGAAGAUGUCCACCCUGAGGAUGGUGGUCAUCGGAGCUCAGCCCAGCUCAAGGCACCCAUCACUGAUGUGGCGGUGGUGAUUCGCUCCCUAGGAGAGGAAGUACCUCGAGGGUAUACCUGCAUUGAAUGCACCCCCUCUGGACUUCCUGCUGAACUAAAUGGAGGAAGCCUCAUGGGGCCGCAGAUCUUCCUCUGCUAUAGGAGAGGAAGAGACAAACCGCCGCUCAUAGACCUUGGUGUCCUCUUUGAGUGGAAGGAGAAACUGAAGCCAGACUGUCAAAUUAUACAGACCACACCCUCUGGUCGCCCUGCUAAUAUCAGUAGCUCCUCCUCCCAAAGGAUCUACAUCACAUAUCGGCGUGCCUCUGAGAAUCACUCUCACACCACGCUGGCCGUCACAGACAUCUGUGUCAUUGUUCCCGGCAAGGGUGAGACACCACCACAUGCUUUCUGCAAGGUGGACAAGAAUCUCAACAGCAGUAUGUGGGGGUCCUCUGUGUACUUGUGCUACAAAAAAUCUUUGGCCAAAACCAACACGCUUGCAUUCAAAGCAGGUCUUUUGUCCAGAUACCCAGAGGAAGAUUAUGAUUCCUUUCCUUUGCCUGAAUCCGUGCCCCUGUUUUGCCUGCCGAUGGGAGCAUCCAUUGAGUGCUGGCCUUCUCAUACCAAAUAUUCUCUACCUGUCUUUUCAACAUUCGUUCUCACAGGCGCCUCUGGAGAGAAGGUUUAUGGUGCCGCCAUCCAGUUCUAUGAGCCCUACCCAGAAGAACAUUUGACUGACAAGCAGCGAUCUCAGCUGGGCCUGCAGGCUAACGUGCUCAGGCCUGAUGGAUCAAUGACUGUCCACACCAACAAAAGCAUCUGCCUUCUCUCUCACUGGCCCUUUUUUGAUGCUUUCCGUAACUUCUUGACCUUCCUCUACAGAUACUCCAUCUCAGGUCCACACACUCUGCCCAUCGAGAAGCAUAUUUCCCAUUUCAUGCACAAGGUUCCUUUUCCUUCCUCACAAAGGCCACGCAUCCUGGUGCAGCUGUCUCCACAUGAUAGUCUGAUGCUGAGCCAGCCUGUUUCCUCUCCACUCCCUCUGAGUGGCGGAAGGCUCUCUACACUGCUGUUGAACCUCGGCCCAAAAAAUGCAGUGACUCUGCUGGUGUUGGCUGUGACUGAACACAAGAUCCUAGUGCACUCCUUACGUCCAGCCGUUCUUACCAGCGUUACCGAGGCCCUGGUGUCGAUGAUUUUUCCCUUCCACUGGCCGUGCCCGUACAUUCCUCUCUGCCCGCUGGCCCUGGCAGAUGUGCUCAGUGCUCCAUGCCCUUUCAUUGUAGGGGUGGACUCGCGGUACUUUGACCUCUAUGAGCCACCGACGGACAUAAGCUGUGUGGACCUGGACACCAACACUAUAACUCACAAAGAAGAGCGCAGAUCCCUGACCUGGAAGAUCCUGCCAAGAAAAGCCUGUAAACAUCUGAUCAACACCCUUAGCAAUCUCCACCAGCAACAGGAUGAGGGUUAUCAGAUGAGCCGUGAGGAAGGACAGAUGGAGGCCUUUAUGAGCGAGUGGGAACCUGGCAGUGGUGGGAAGAGUCUGGAAACCUUGGAGCUGGAGAUCCAGGAGGCUUUUCUGCGCUUCAUGGCGGCCAUCUUGAGGGGCUACCGUUCAUACCUGUUGCCCAUCACACAGGCACCAUCUGAGAAAGCAACUGACGCCAGUUCACUCUUCGAUCUGCAAGGCUUUUUGAAGAGUCGUGAUCGAUCCCAUCAAAAGUUUUAUUCCCUCAUGACCAAGACACAGAUGUUCAUUCGUUUCAUCGAAGAGUGCUCUUUUGUCAGUGAUAAGGAUGCAAGCCUUGCUUUCUUUGAUGACUGCGUUGACAAGUUAUUCGGUACGGAGAAAGGAGGGAAGGUGGACAGCGAAAAGCCAGAAGACACAAGGCUUAUUGAACUUGACAAAUCCCACCGCAGCGAGCACACGGUCUACAUCACACCUCCGGAGCUGCCAGCGCUUCCAGAAGGAGAAGAGGCACCUAUGGUUUAUAGCUACAGUGGGUUCCCAGUACUGAACACCCAACUCUGUGAGCUUCAGGAUGGUCCCAGAAUCCCCAAAGCAACAUCAGCCGUGAGACACAUCAGUCCCAUCAGCCCAGCUGCCAUUUUCAGGCGCUCCCAACAGGAGAUCAAAUCAGCCCAGAGGAUGUCUAAGACAUACUCCUCAAUCCCACAGAUGUGGUCCAAGUGUCUGCUCAGGCAUUGUCACGGCCUGUGGUUCAUCUGCCUGCCUGCGUAUGUCAGCGCCUGCCACUCUAAAGUGCGGGCACUGCAUACUGCUUACGACGUGCUGCGAAACAUGCAGGACAAAAAGUUGCAGCCUCCUGAUGAGGUGUGUUACCGGGUCCUGAUGCAGCUGUGUGGGCAGUAUGGACAGCCUGUUCUUGCCGUCCGGGUUCUUUUUGAAAUGAAGAAAGCCGGGGUGCAGCCAAAUGCCAUUACCUAUGGGUACUACAACAGGGCUGUUCUGGAGAGCACAUGGCCUUCCUCCACCAGAGGGGGAUACUUCCUGUGGGGAAAGCUGAGAAAUGUGCUUCGGGGUGUGGUGCUGUUCAAACAAGUAUGGAGGAGGCAGACCACCCACCCGAAAGACACCCAUCUUUCUGAUGCCAGUGAUCUCGACAAUGUGAGCCAUGGCAGUCUGGACAGCUCUAACGAUUCAGCGGAGCGAGUUUCCAUUGAUACAGACUUCACUAAAAUGGAUUCCAGUGAUGACAGAUCCAGCACAGGUGGUCAGUCUGAUCAGGGCUAUGAUUCUCUGUCUAAAGAGGAGGUGAGGUUAGGAGGAGGUGAAGAGCAGAACUCCUCUCCAGACAUGAAGGAGAAGAAGGACAGAAACUCUUGCCCAUUAUCCCAGACUGUACUCUCAGAGAAAGAGGAUUCAUCUCUUGUGGUUGGAAUCCAUCCAUCUGCAGCCAAUGGGGAAACCAGUGAUGUCUUCUCUGAAGCCCUUCCAAAGACAAAAAGGCCAAACUCCCUGGAUAUUUUCGGAGAAAAGCCCAUAAGGCCAAGCACACUGGAUCUAACCCCGAAUAAGACAGUAGGAGAACUCAGCAAUCAAUCUGAUACAACAUUGAUAGAAACGGAAGCAGUGGGGGGCGUUGUGAGCCCACCUAAAGUUGCCGUGCAGAGGACUACUAGCUACACGGUUGCCAUGGAGAAGAGAGUUGCCAUGGAGAGGGAGCAUAUUGGCGUGGAGAGGAGCGUGAGCUGCAGCAGUGCUCUUGGGCGAGUGGUUAAGAGGACAGGUAUCGAAGCAGGUUUUGAUCCCCUGUCCCUCAUGGCAGCUGAGACUCAAGCCCACAGUGAGGGCGAUAAUGCAGACACCCCAACCGCCCGCCGAGACCUGGCUGAAGAGAUUCAUCACUACAUGAACAACCUGAGCAGCCCGUUAAGCCAGCGGUCUCUCAGUAUGGACCUUAAGGGGCGUCAGACCCCAUCCCCUCACAGCUCUCCCCGCAUGUCUCCCAGCACCUCCCAACUCCAACCUCAGCCACGAACAAGACUCUUCUCAUCGCCCUCCCUCCCUCAGGGCCGCGUGCGCAGGGUCAGGGAGCAGCGGCCCACCUCCCUGGCCUCACCUUCCUCACCUACUCCCUCCUCUUCUUCUUUCUCCAUGGACUCCUUGCUCACCCCGACCCUGGAUGUGUUCAAGAGCAGCUUUUUCUCUGCUGGGAAGGGCGUCGCUGAGAAAGCCAGCCGACUGUAUUCGCGACUUUCCUCUCAGACGUCCAUUGCACAGGACUUAAACUCUGACCGGGUCAGUGUGUCCUCUCUAGGGUCAGGUGACCCUGAUUGCUCCUCUCUGGUUGAGAGUGAUUCCUGUGUAGCCGCGGACGGGCUCUCUUCCCCACAACGGGACGCCUCUCAGCCUGUCACACGUCCCAAAAAGAGCCCUUACAGGAGCAACCACUGCCUAGAAAGCCCAUCUGCACCACCUCGACUUUAUCAGCAGUCCUCUCUAACUGUAAUGAAAGCUCUGCAGACCCCAGACGCGUGUUCUGAUUCCAGCCUUUCUCAAUCCAUGCAGAACUACGCUGUUGAAAUACGUAUGUCCAGUUGUUCGCGCUGUAACACCUGUGAGAGUUUGGUGUAUGAUGAAGAGAUCAUGGCUGGUUGGACAGCUGACGAUUCUAACCUCAAUAGCACGUGCCCCUUUUGUGGCUCUCCGUUUCUGCCUCUGCUCAACGUGGACAUCAGAAACCUGGGUGACCAGGAAAGAUCUCCCUCUCAAGAUGCACAUACUUGCCAGACAGACACCACAGAUGAACUACCACAAGUUUAUGAUUCCACUGACAAUGGCAAAAAAGACCAUGAGCCAGUUACCGUGCCCUACCUGAGUCCUCUGGUACUUUGGAAGGAACUGGAAAGCUUGCUGGAGAACGAGGGGGACCUGGCCAUCUCUUCUGCAGCCAUUGUGGAUCACCACCCUAUUGUGUUCUGGAAUCUGGUGUGGUUCUUCCGUAGGCUGGACCUGCCCAGCAGCCUGCCGGGACUCUAUCUGAGCUCCAAACACUACUGCAGAGAUUCUCAGGCUCUGCAAAGUUGUGCAUCAGAGGACAGUAAAAAUGUCUUGGUCCAGAUCCUGUGGGACAAUCCCAGACUGCAUCAGGACCACAUCAAGCCUUGCUACUUGCUCUGGAAAUCAUAUUGUGCAAAUCCUGCAGUAUCUGAGGAGGAGGAGCAGGCUGUGAGCUUAGAGCUGCUGCAGAGUGUGGUGAAGAGCAUCCAGAGGAACGAUGUCUACCAGCCCAUGAGUCAGAUACUGCAGCUCCUGGGCACCAGACUGGGCUUCGUCAGACAACGGAGCUUAUAUAGAGAUAUCCUCUUCCUGUCUUUGGUGGCUUUGGGCAAGAAUAGCAUAAAUAUCGAUGCAUUCGACCGUGAAUACAAAAUGGCAUAUGACCGUCUGACGCCAAGCCAGGUCAAGAUGACCCACAAUUGUGACCGGCCACCCAGCGCUGGAGUCAUGGAAUGCAGGAGAACCUUUGGGAUGCCCAGUCUCUAAAUCGCCUCCUCUCAUUCCUCCCUUUUUUUGCACUUGC